CUAAUACCAAGCCAGCUACAUGCGACUGGAUUUAAUUGUCCGAGACUUUCACAACUAACACACGAAAUCAAACAUCUGCUAACCAGAAAUGAUCUGUCACGAUAAACGGACUACGUUUCAUGGCAUUUUGUUAUUUAAAAGCUUUAAGUUCCUUGAUGGGUUGUGCGUUUUGUAACCUGUAGCUAACAGUGAGACAGAAAGCUAAUGUUACGUAUUACAUUGGCACGUCGGACACUCAUCCUAAAACGUUUAAUGAGCCUCAUUGUUUACAGAAGGAGACACAGGACAGGGAAUGCGCACAUGGGUCCGGGAGGCCCUGACACAAGAUUUGGCUUUCACCCACAUUAGAGUCAUCUACCCCACCGCCCCAAUGAGACCCUACACACCUAUGAGGGGCUCGCUGUCGCAGGUGUGGUUUGACCGGCAGAAGAUCUCGCCUCACUGUGCAGAGCAUUUGGAGUCCAUAGACUCCAUGUGCAGCCUGCUGGGCAGUGUCAUAAAGGAGGAGGUCAGAGCAGGUGUCCCCAAACACAGGAUGGUUAUUGGAGGUUUCUCAAUGGGUGGGGCCAUGGCUCUGCACUUGGCCUACAGGAACCACCCUGAAGUGGCAGGAGUCUUUGCUCUUUCCAGCUUCCUCAACAAGGGCUCGGUCGUCUACCAGGCGAUACAGGCCAGGAGGGGGCAGUCUCUACCAGAGCUGUUCCAGUGCCAUGGAACAGCUGACGAGCUGGUGCUCCACGACUGGGGAGAGGAGACUGGAGCACUCCUGAGGGAGGCAGGGUUGGCCACCUCUUUUCACUCCAUCCCUGGUCUGUACCACGAGUUGUGCCGCGUGGAGCUAGACAGCUUGCGAUCCUGGAUCCUGAAGAAGCUUCCUCCGGAUAGCCCCUCUCACGGACAGUGAGACCCCUGUACGCUCAAGGGUUAUAAGAAAAAAGCACUGCCGAUCCGUGCCCCCUGAUCGUGGGCCUUAGUCAUGGAGGACUUGCUAAUUUACUGCACUGGGACGAGAACACUUGGAGCCAAGGGAGGACUACUACAGUACAGAAUAUUGUGAGCAUAACACAAGGGUGUACUUAUGCUUGACACUGUAUUGUAACACCAAAUUAUGUACCAGAGAACUUAUUUCUGAAAAGGACAUUUGCAUACAUUGGUACUACACUAAGGUGAGGUAUUAAGAAUCACUUCUCCAUCACAAGUAACAGUGGGACCCGUUUUUAAUUUGGUGUCAUUUCUUUCCUCCAUGUACAGUGUCAUUAAAUGUCCUGAAGCUACAUUCACCAAGCACUUUAUUGGGUGUUUACUAGACUUAUAUUUUAGACUUCUACUGCAGUAGCCUAUCCACUUAGAGUUAUGAUGCGUUGUGUGUUCAGAGAUGCUCUUCUGCAUACCACUGUUGUAAUGUGUGGUUAUUUGUGUUACUGUCACCUUCAUGUCAGCUUUGACCAGUCUGGCUAUUCUCCUCUGACGUCUCUCAUUAGCAAGACAUUUCUAUCUGCGGAACUGCUGCUCUCUGUAUUUUUUGGUUUGUUUUUGUACUAUUCUUUGCAAACUCUAGAGACUAGUGUGCAUGAAAACCAGCAAUUUCUGAGAUACUCAAACCACCCUGUCUGCCACCAACAAUCAUUCCACAGUCAAAGUCACUUAGAUAAUAUGUUUUUCCCCAUUCUGAUGGUUGAUGUGAACAUUAACUGAAGCUCCUGACCCGUAUCUACAUGAUUGUAAGCAUUGCACUGCUGCCACACAAUUGGUUGAUUAGAUAAUAUGGUCGGUGUAAUAAAGUAAAGAUAUUCCCAAUAAAGUGUUCGGUGAGUGUAUGUUUCAUAGUUUUCCAGUCUUAUAUCAAACCAGAACUGAACAGACACUCAACAACUUUCCUGGGCCUGUCUGUCUUCAAGAUGUAAAAUAUCAUUACUGCAGGAGCCUAUUAGUCAUUCAGAAAGCCAGCAAACAAGGACCUCCACUGUUUCUUAGCACAGAGAAAGUAAUUUUAGACUGUAGUCUAAAACAAGCAGAAAAAUAAACGAAAUUCUGUCAUUUUAA